AUGCGGCGCGUGUCUUACGUGGUCCCCGUCAUCGCUUGGUGCAGGACGGACAAAGACCAGAGACUCCGCUGCCAAGACUUCGGAGGCUUUCACCGCUUCAGGACGGCAUCGGGCCCGGACGGUGAGAAGCAGAAGUUGUCGCAGCGUCUCAUCCAGCACACGGACUUUGUGUACCGCUGCCUAAGCAAUGGGCAGCAGCUGGAAGACGUUUUUACUAUUGGGAAGGAGCUCGGCUUGGGCGCCUUCGGCACCAUCUACUUGGCUCAACACAAGGUACUGGGGCCAGGAUUCAAGUUUGCAGUCAAGAAGAUCCGAAAGUCCGAGACCGACAGCAAGUUGCAAGAGCUUCUGAUGAAUGAAAUCCACGCCUUGAUGGACUUGGACCAUCCGAACGUUGUGAAGCUCGUCAGAUACUUCGAUGAAGGAAGUUACAUGUACCUCGUUUUCGAGCUGUGCGAAGGCCCCGACUUGCAAACACGGCUCGAACAGGAAGGCCGGGUUGAGGAGAAGGAGGCUGCAACCACUAUGCGGCAAAUGCUUGCUGCAUUGAAGUGCUGCCACGAGCACUACAUGGGGCACUUUGACGUGAAGCCGGAGAAUUUCAUCUACCGCAGCACGGACAUGACGAAGCUAAAGAUGAUCGAUUUGGGACUGGCCUCACGAUUCAAAAAGAGUCGCAAAGAGAUCCGUGGAACAAGCGCCUACAUGGCGCCAGAGAUUUAUGAUGGCUUUUUUGGGCCGGAAGCAGACAGCUGGGGGUGCGGCGCCGUUUUCUUUAAUCUGCUUACAGGCAAACCUUUCUUUCCACCCAUGAUGGGUGAUGACGACAUCAAAAUUCUUGCCAAAGACCGCAAGUGGGUUCGAAAUAGGCUUCGAGUUCUUCGCGAUUCAGGCUUAUCCAAGGAAGCGAUCGACCUCGUCAGCAGACUAAUGCGCCACGACCGCCACUUGAGGCUCACUGCACGGGAAGCGCUGCAACAUCCCUUCUUCACGCUGCAUAGCGAGAAGGAGGCGGCUGAGGCACUCCGCAAACACAACCCUGAGUAUGCAGAGCUGGACCGCGAAGCACAGGAGAUCUUGGACAAUUUGGUGGAGCAUUUCACAGACUUUGCAGCGCAGCCGGUUCUCAUCCGUGCAGCUGUGCUAUUGAUGGCACAUGUCGGUGCCUACAGCUUCAAGCAUGCUCGGCCGCAACGCGCGGCCUUCACCAAGCUUGACAGGACGGUCAGCGGUGGCCUGUCCAUGGAGGAACUCGAGUCGUUCUACGAAGAAAGCGGCACGCCCGUGCCAGAGAUGCUGGAGACAGCCUUCAGCGGUGUGGAUUUGGAUGACGACGGUUAUAUCACCUACAUCGAGUUUCUCUCCGCCACGCUGCCGCGCAAAGCUCGCGGUGAUCGGAACUUCUGCCGCCGUGUUUUCGAGAUAUUGGAUCGGAAUCGCGAUGGAUUCAUUGAUGCCUCUGACCUGGCACAGGCCUUUUACUCUGGCAAGGAUGAGAAAGGCGUUUGCAGUGAAAGCCUAGCAGAGAUCUGCGACGGACAACUGAGCUGGAAGGAUUUCUUUGAACUCAUGCAGAAGUCCUAA